CUGCUUAUUUCUCUGUCCUGUUCUUAGAGCUGACAGGGGAUUUAAUGGAAACAAAUCUAUGUUAAAAUAAGCAACUAAAAUUAUAGUGCAGGAGAGCUUAGCUUGGCUACUGUGUGUGAUGAUCGGCUUUGUAUUGCUGGCACUUGUACUUGGGAUUUUUCAUCAGAGGCCAUGGAGCUUUCGGCCAAUGAGCUCAGCAUUUAUGACAAGCUAUCAGAGACGAUUGAUCUAGUGAGGCAGACUGGCCACCAGUGUGGGAUGUCAGAAAAAGCCAUUGAGAAAUUCAUCAAGCAGCUCUUGGAAAGAAACGAACCCCAAAGGGGGCCUCCACGGUACCCUAUCUUAGUGGCUCUCUACAAGGGUCUGCUCACGCUGGGAUUGGUCUUGCUGACUGUUUACUUCGUGAUCCAGCCAUACAGCCCGCUGCCGCCUGAAGCUCCGCUCUCCAGAGCCCAUGCCUGGGGCUCCCUCAUCGGUCACAUCCGGCUGCUCUCUCUGCCCAUUGCCAAGAAGUACAUGCUCGAGAAAUGCCAGGACUGGUGGGCAGCAGGUUGCAGACAGAACACUUCUACGCUUCCUGCAAACUGCACAGUCUGUUCUGCUGUGAAAAGCCUUCAGGUCAUGACAGACUUCGGAGAACUAUCAGAAAAGCUCCAGAGGUCUCAGCCUUUUCUAAUCAAGACAGGGCAGCAUCUCUCCUAUGAAGAACUGAAGCAUUUUCAGUCCCAGGAUCCAGAACUGGCAGAGGUUAUAAUAGAAGAAAAUUCAGCUGAAUUGUGGAGCUGCCCAUUUUUCUUUCCCUGGAACAAAUCUGUGAACAAAACUCGGAUUCUGCAGGAAUUUUUCCCCACUUCCUCUUUGCCAUCUUUCCCCAAGACAGUGUCCCUGGAGAGCUGCUUCCUCAUCCGCCAUCCAGAUUUGGGGAAUAAGAGUUACAGUUUGCACAGCCUCUUUGCUGUUGGAAGCGGACAGCUCACCCUGACUGUUGCACCUCUGGACAAGUGCAGAGGACACUGUGAGAUGUUCAAGAUGGAGCUGGAAGCUGGAGACUUGGGUUAUGCCAGCGCAGAUUACUGGACGAUGAGCUUCAUGGCCAAAGGGACAGAGCCGGCGGUUGUUUGUGACGGAGCUGCUAGCUAAGGACGGUGGGGUGGGAAAACAGCUGUUUCCAGGACAAGAAGACUUUCAGCUUUGAAGCCAAGGCAACGUCUUGAAAGUGAUAGAGCUGGGGCAACUGGGGCAGGCAGCUUUGCCACUCUGCAUGUUUACAGUGUUUAAAAAUGACUGUUUUCCUGACCCUUGAGGUAAUUCUUUGCCUUUUCUCAAAUGUAGUUUGGGAGAAGCGCAAGCUAUUUAUCACCUUCCCUGUCCCCUCAGGUAAGCCCUGGGUUUGCAGCAAAGCAUAUUUUUUUUUCCAGAAGCAACAGAGGGAUUUCUCAGGAUGAGAUUCACCUUGUGUCCUCUGUGGUUUAUGGCACUUCUGAAGCUUCCUGGGGGUUUGGGAGUGGAGGGGGUGUCUGUGUGCAUUCCUCCUGAGGAGGAAGCUUUGAGCCAGCUCUAUAAAGGGAAUGAAUUGGUGAUGUGUCCCAACUCCACCCCGUCUCUCCACCACGUACAUAGCUGUGUGCCCCGCAAAGCCAAUCUCAGCUCCGUGCUCCAGGGCUGAGAUGAGCCUUGCAGCCUAAGGGCAGAGACCCUCACCCACUGCAUCGCUCUUGUACCAAAAGAACCUGUUCAGGCCUCUUCUUUGUGUCUUGUGAUUGCUCUUCUGCCAUUCUCUAUGAGCAGGCUGGAGUGAGUCAAAUUGUAACUGUGCUUUUUUUUUCCCCCCCCACCUCCUUUCCUACAAAAAUACUGAUGCAAGUUUUAGUGGUGAUGGUGCUGAGAGUGCAGUGGUUCUGGACGGAGAUGGGGCUAGGUGCAGAGCAGCUCUGUACAAAUUUCAUCUUCUGAUUGUGCACCUAAGACACCAGGGCUGCACGACCAUUUUCAUAUACUCCUUGCUUUGAGAGGUGCUGCCUGCAUUCCCAGCCCGGGGUACCUACGGGAGGACCUGAAAGCUUCCUCAUCCCUGGCAUUAUUUGCAUCGACUCCUUCCAGACCUGGAACUCUUGUCUUCAGAAUGAACGUUGGUUUUUCCUGAGUCCUUUCCAAGCUGCCUUCGCAUGCUUCCUGUUGCUUGAGCACUGCUUUAUCCAGUGCCCUGAGAGAGGCUCGGUUUCAGUGUUUGCAGGCUGCGGAUGCUGCGGUCCCUUCCAAGUCUGAUCCUUUGGGUCUGAUCCUGCUGUUGAAGAUCAUUUACAGAUGUGUCAGGCUGAACUCAUAGGCCAGGGCUGGGGUUCAGGACAUACUCUCACAGUUAUUAAUAUGGAAUUGGGAGGGGUUUUGAUUGAAAGCAAGUGAACUUAGUUCUCAGGAGCGAGAACCUUUUCCUCUGUAAAUAUUUUAGGUACUCAUAAAAUGACAGAUUGGAAAAAUGUAUAUCCAGCCUUUGUUUUUGAGCAAGACCAGGAGAAUGGGAGCAAACAUCGUACUAAUCUUGUUAGGGUCUGAUAAAAGCUGCCAAGUGGGAUGACCAUGUCUGGCUCCUGGACAAGGGUAAAGCAGAAGACAGUUCCUGCUCCAAAGAAUUCAUUCUUGAGGCCUUGAUGCUACAAACAUUUCUAUGUGUAACCCUUGUUUUUCUUCUCUAAGUGAAUGAGAACAACCUCAGCACCCAUGCCAGCCUGGUGCCUGGCCCUCGGCACUGGACCAGCACGCACCAGAUCCAGUAGAACCAAAGGGGGAGAGUCUCACUCUCUCAGGACAGAAAAGGACUAAUUUAAUUUGUAGCAUAAUAUUAAAGGGAAUUGGAUUAAUAAGACUUCUGUUAGUAUUGUUAAUGGUUGGGGUGUGUUUUACACUUGUGACGCUACAUGCCAAGACACACACACACACCCACCCCACACACACACCCCCUCCCUCCUCUUAAAGCCUGGGUCUUAGUUCAUGGAAAUUUGGGAGCUUGGUGAUGGCAGAAUUAGGGCCUCGUUAGUGACUGUUGCUAUUUACACUUUGGCAGCUUCUCAAGUCAAAUUCAAAGGCUGACAAGGUUACUUCACCUCUUACUGGUUUUGUACCCAAUCUAUUUCUGUAGAGCAUUUGGUUGGAGACUUGUAGGGAGAGAACCUGCUGGACCCGUUCUUGCUGAGAUUGUGGUGGUUUGGUGAUGCUGGUACUUCUAAGUGUCCUUGAAUGUAACUCUAAAAGAGCUGCGGAGACAAUUCUCAAGUGUCUGUGAAAUGCCUGUAUUUUGCACUUGAGCCAUUGUGGCUGUCUGGCUCCUUUGGGCAGAAGCAAAUGUGGCUGUUUAAGGUUGCUGUUUAGACUGGGGGGAAAGGGGCGGCUCUAGGGCAGGUUUGUGCCUAUGUAGCAACAGUGCUCUCACGUAUUGCUUCUCCCCUCUGCAAAGAGCUGCAGCUGGUUGGAUGGAAGACGGUGAAUCUGGACUGUUUGCAGAUCAGCUUUCCAAGUGCACUUUAUGGUCUCUGCAUAAGUUUCCAGAUCUGUGUCUAGGUGAUACAUUGCAUAUGUCCCAACCUUGCUCCCCUUGGAGUUUACAUCAUUUGUUUUUAAACUUCUAGUAUAUUUUCUCUUCCUCUUCCAAAAGCUGUAAGGAAUUAGCUGCUAAACUAAAACAGGAGGGCAAUUCUUCUACUGAUAAAGAGCCGAUUUUUGGCCCUGGCCGCUGUUGAGUGCGGAGCCCCAGUCUGUAGCACGGCUUCUAGAGGAGCUCCUGUCUUCCGCUGCCAGAGAAGUAGUGCUAACGCCUUCCGCAUUGCAGCACUGGCGAGGAGCCGGGCUGGAAAACUCAUAAGUGAGGUCAAAGUGGCAAAACUAGGAUGGCCAAAAGGAGACGUUGACACCUAGGCCAAAUGGCUGCAAGUGAGCCCUGGUCAUCUUCCUCUUCUGGGGCUCCAGCUUCACAGAGCCUUUCCUGAGGCUGCAGGAGGCUGUGACUUCCCCAGAGAGCCUGGUGGCUCCUAGUGAUCUGCUGAGGCUGGACUGGGGGGAACGUGGCUGUUUUUUCAGCUGUUGCGGCAUCGCGGUGACAGAUGUGACUGGGUGAGUCAGAGGAUGUGCGUCCCAUCGAGGUCUCCCUCGCCUCUAGCGUCACUUUGCCACUUGCGCGUAUGCAAGCGUACGUGCUGGUUCGGACAAUCCCCACUCCCCACCUUGGCCAGCUCAGAGGGGUGCUCGGCCAAUGCCUGUGUCACGUUGUUUUGUUUCUUUUGGGGUUUUUUUUUGUUUUGUUUUAAAAAAAACCUAUUUGUGUGCUUUAGAGCCCUUUGCCUGUGAGCUGGGAGAUGGACUCCCGCUCACUCGACGUCCUGGAGGCUGCAAAGCUGCUCUGAAAUCACACCAGCGAGAUGCAGAACUCUGUGCGACCCAAGAGCCCAGGCACAGAGAUGCAGAGUGGUCAUUUCUCCACUUGCCAGGGUAGAAAGAUGGGCUGUCACCCGUCAGCUGGGCAGGAAGAUCGUGGUUUAAAGCUGGUUUCCAAAAGCAGGGGUCAUUGACCGUUGUUCUCAGUCAGUCCUGAACUCAGGGGAACUGAAAGGAGUAUUAUUAUUUACUUCAGUACCAGGAAAUCAGCAUCCCCUAUGGGAGCCAAGCUGCCAGUUUCUAUUCUCUUUUUUUUUUCCCCUCUUUUUUCCCCUCCCCAUUGGCAUUGCACACACAAAUUCCCCCGAGGCAGCUCUGCAGAUCCCAGCCUCAAAUUCCCUUUGCAAAACCCUGGAGACCUUUCUCUAGAGUCAGGUUUUCCAGGAGUCUUGGGCCUUUAGCUUCUCCCGCUAGUCCUCUUGCUGUAAUGGUCUGGCAGAGAAGCUGGUUUUACUAGGCUGGAUCAAAGCACCUCCCUUCUCUGGUGGCUGGCCUCGCCGGCUUUCCCGCGCGCAGCAUGGAACGCCCCAGGCGAGCGGAGGUGGGGAGCAGGAAUAUCUCACUACUGGAGAUGCAAGCUCUUACAAACUUCAGCAUCUCAGAAAGGGGAUCCUGCCUUCAAACCCCGGUGUUCACAUCAGUAACGCCGCUCCGGGGAGCGAAGUUUCUGGGGUCUGCCUAAUCCCAGGCUCAGUGGUUCAGGUUUAGCCCCGUGGCCCCUGGGAGAACCGAGCGCUUUCUGGGGUGAGGCCAUUUGGGUGGGCCUUGCGGUGGGUGCCCGAAGAGCUCUUGCUUCCUGCAGAUCAGAUUUUCUCCUCUCGGUAAAUUUUGUGUGUAGAACUAUAUAUAUUCUCCUCUUCAGGAAACUCCUUCUUGUAAAGGAUAGAUUUACUGCCCUGCUGAGUUAAACAAGGGAGAUGCUGGACUUCCCCUUUGCUUUGGAGAUUCAAACGUAUGACAGGUGAUUUAUUUUUAGUAUUAUCUCUUUGUCUACAAGGAAGGGGGGAGGCAUGUUACAAAGGCUCAGGGGUGCUGGGAAGUAAAGCUAUAUAUGCCUAAAGACUGUUUCAAUGCUGAACACUAAAUUCAGUGGUGAAUAAAAAAAGAAUGUAAAUAUGCACUUAAUGCAGAAUUUUAUGGAUGGUGAUAAUUUAAUAUAUUGCAAACUUUGUAAAUACUUGGAAAAAGCCUGUAAAGUGUGUAAAUAAAUGAGAUUUGUAUGUAAGAAUAAAAAAAAAGUUUUUACUUUUUGCAAUUAAAUACAAGUGUUAACGCA